UUUUUAAAUGGAGUUUUGUGAGCUCUGCAUGACUGUAUCUUAAUGCACUGCCACACUUAAACAGACAUUAAAUACCUAGCUGCCACUUAUGUGUUUAGAUGUUAAUUUGUCAUUUUUACUUUUUUAAGACUGAUUGAUUCACUUAAAAAGAAUCACUAGGUUAUCUGUAAUCCCACAAUACCAUUCUUCCCUGGCUAAGUCAUGCAGCACAGACUGUGGGUAUGCAUCCAUGUCCUUUCAUUGGAUUGUCAGACCUUAUUGCUCAGCCUUGAAAAAUGCAGUGUAUUUUCCCCAUCUGUGAUACCAAUCUUAACAUAGAGCUAUGUGAGAGGCUCAACUCUGACUGGGUAGGAAAACAUCUGGGGUUUUAGACUGUUGGCUAACUAAACAGUCAUUUGAAGAUUCUUCAACCUGAGAUACACUAAUAUUGAGUCAGCCAGCCUUUUGUUGACUCUCUCUGUGUCACAGCUCAGAACAGAUGACUGGUUGUUAAGGCCAUGCUAUGCAGGAGGCCUCUGGUAUCCAGGCAGCUUAAAUAAGGUUCCUUUCUUCGUCUACAUCCCGCCCUGAAUGUUUAUUAUCAUGCUGCUAAAUUGCUGUAAGGUCUGCACAAUUAGGUUCAAAAUUAUAACCAGGAUUAUUUUAUCCAGUUGAUAUCAGAAUUAUUGUGCAGCAUAUUUGUAUUGCACUUAAAUAAACAGAGCCCUGCUUUCACCUCUACAUACCUGCAAUUGUACAAAAUGAGGGUCACACAUUACCUACCAGAUCAGGAAUGUAUUGCAAUAUGUAUUGAGAUUAAAACAAAAUACAAGAACCCCUUCAUUUGUAGGCUACAUUUUAAAGUGUAGAAUGAACCACUCUCAUGCACUUGACAGCAAAAUUAUAAUGUUAUAUUACAAGGAUAGAACAUGUUAAGCUCAUUCAGACAAAUACAUUUGUAAACACAUUGGUAUGUGAAUGGAGAUACCACAGCAAAACGCGGAUGGACCUGCUGUUUUAGGAUUACAGAUAAACAGUAUAUCACCUUUCCCCUCUGGACUGUGGUUGCAACAUUAAAGGAAGACAUUCACAGGAUGCAGCUGCUGGGUGUGUCUGCAGUGGGAUGAUAGCCCUCCAAAAGUUAGGGCAUGACAUCUGGAUCACUGGCUGGUGUCUGGCUCUUUAGGAAGAGCUUCAUUUGACACACAGCCUGAGCAGAGCAGGUAUGGAGUCAUUACAAUUGUGUUUAUUGUGCAUCCCCGUGUUGUGGUAUAUUCAAUUCUUUGUUUUGAUGUUCUAAUCUAACUCUUCAGUGCAUGCCUCCCUUUGUGUGCAGCGAGCAGGAGAGCAAACCGUUUUUUUGAGCGCAGUGAAGAUGUUGUUUUUGAAAGAACGCUACGAAGAUGCCUGAAGUUCGGGAACUUUCUGAGGCUUUGCCAGAGAUGCCAAUGGACCCAAUCACUGGAGUUGGAGUAGUGGCCUCCAGGAACCGGGCCCCCAGCGGAUAUGAUGUGGUGUCCACCACCACAGACGGCCUGGACGCUGACCUGUGGAAAGACGGCCUCUUCAAAUCCAAGGUGACGCGCUACCUGUGCUUCACCAGGGUCUUCUCGAAAGAAAAUAGCCAUUUAGGCAAUGUUCUGGUGGACAUGAAGCUGAUUGAUAUAAAGGACACUCUGCCUGUUGGAUUCAUCCCCAUCCAGGAGACUGUUGACACUCAGGAGCAGGCCUUCAGGAAGAGGCGACUCUGUAUCAAGUUUAUUCCUCGGGACUCCACAGAGGCGGCCAUCUGUGACAUCCGCAUCCUGGGACGCUCCAAACAAGCCCCCCCUCAGUACACCUUCAUAGGAGAGCUCAACAACAUGGGUAUCUGGUACCGCAUGGGGAACGUACCCCGAGCCCAGGACUGCUCUCACACUCCCUCCACUAACAACAUCCAGAAUGUGAACUCCAGUGGACCCGCUCCGGUACCAGCCGCUGCUAUGCCCAAACAUAUCUCCAUGACGCUCCCAGCCAGCUUCAGAGGGAAGAACACGACCAGACCGGACUACGAGCACCAGAACUCCAACCUGUACGCCAUCUCAGCGAUGGAUGGAGUGCCUUUCAUCAUCUCGGAUAAGUUUGCCUGUGCCUCGUCUGACCUGCAGCAGGUGGACCUGAUGGGCAUCACCAUCAAGUCACUGGCUGAGAUCGAGAAAGAGUAUGACUACAGUUUCCGCACAGAGCACAGUGCAGCGGCCCGGCUCCCCCCCAGCCCCACCAGGACCACCCUGAGCUCGGAGGCCUGAGGACCCACGCCGUCCUGAGAGGAAAACACACUCCUGGGAGACGUCUUUUGUUUUGAAUGUGUACAGGAAGUUAAACUCUGAGGAUCUGCGUCUGAAACCCACUACCAACAACAUUAUGAUGGGAUGGAAUCGCUCAUUGUUGGACAGAACAGAUGCAAUCCCACUCGUAUGAUGACUUUAAAUACAUUUAUUUCCUCGAGAGAAUCGGUGAGGACUUGUUCCAAACUAGAAAGGAUUACAUAGGAGGACAUUUUCUUCUGAUGGACGGCUCUCUGAAAUCCAGUGAGAGCGGCAUUAUGUUGGCCUUUUGUGUUCAUCAACCCCAAUGCGCUGUGAUUGGCCGAAAUCACGGUAACCCCUCCCAUUAUAUGUGUUGCAAAGACAAAAGGAAAAAGCCCCGUGAGUGAUGGGGGGACGCCUGUCAUUGCUCGCUACAUAUUACUGUGAUAUACUGGUGUGUUUGAUAUCCUUUCACACCUGAUUCACACCGUACCACUCUCAUGGUUUACAUAGAAGUGAAGAACACUUUUUUCAGUACCUUACUUUCAAAUACUAUGAACAUAAACACAUUUACAGACGGUAUAGUAGGAGGAACACUCCCAGUUUAUCCUCCUUGAUAAAGAGUAGAGCCAGGCAUGAACAAAGUGUUUAAACAAGUUACAUUUCACCAGAGUUCAUUGAUAGCACAUUAGCUGCUGUUACAUUUUACUGUACUGCUCAGUUUUAGUAUUAACUGCAGACCUCGGCAUUAGAAGCAGAAACGUUCACAUGUUACAUCGAGAAAACUGCAGCUCGCACUAAAUCUGCUAAUCUUGAGUUUAUGGUUAAUACCUUUGUGGAAAAACCUAGAUGUUAAAGUAUUAAUUUGUUUUUAUUACCACUACAGACACUGAGGUUUGAUACCCAGCUUUAGUUUCCUCACGUCACUCUUAGCUUCUUUAGGUUACCUUUCUAGGUACACAAGCAAACAGAUGUUGUGCUGUUGAUGCUGGUUUUCCAUCAUGCACGAUCAACGGCGAAGAUAAUAACUGUAUUUGACACAUUGAUUACAAGUGAAUAAGCAAAGUGUAUCUCUCUCGCUAAUUGAGCUACACUUUGACUUUGAUUGUAGCCUGAGGUGGUUUUAGGAGUCUUAUUCAUUUCAGUUUGAACUCAUUUCCCGUGUCAACUCCAACUCAAAAAAGUCCAAAAUCGACCUUGAAGGGAUUCUUAUCAGGAUCAUUAUGACCUAGAGAUAAUCCCAAUUAUUCCAUACAUACAUACAUAACAUUUGAAUCAUUAUGGCCUAGUGAUAAUCCCAAUUAUUCCAUACAUACAUACAUCACAUUUUAAUCAUUAUAGCCUAGUGAUAAUCCCAAUUAUUCCAUACAUACAUACAUCACAUUUGAAUCAUUAUAGCCUGAACAUACUGGAUUAUUUUACCCUAAUAUCGACAGCUGUUAUUAGUUUUGUAAGCAUUAACAUACUGGAGGAUUGUACAGUGUGUGGUUCAACCCGUCAGUGCCCUCUGGUGGACAAACUCUGAAAUGGAGACACUUGAUUGACCUCACAUGUAUCUGACCUUUCUGUCUUACUUACAGGCAAACAUGCCACGAUGAAACUCUCAAAUAUUGUCCAGAGCCUGAGUUCUCUUGUUUAACAAAUAUAUGUCGUCAUAUAUAUGUUUUUUUUUAGAUAUUUUAAUAUGCCUUUUUAAUGCAAUCUCAAACCUUUUCGGUGUGUUGUUCAUUUCAGCAGCGUACAAAAAACACGGGCUGCUGGUUUUCUGUACUGCAAAUGAAGCGCUACACUUACUGCACGAAUCACAAGUUACAUAAUCGUUUCCGGGUAGGACUCAAUGUGAGCGAGAUUACUUAAAAACAUUUCCUUUAUGUUAAUGCAGUAUUGUGUUGAGAAGCACACCGUUUUAAUUCACUCCAUUUGUUUCUGCAACGUUACCACAAAUGCUCGGAUUAACUUCUUAUUUUAUAUUUUUUGUUCGUCUAAUUUAUUAGUCAUUGCCGCAUUGUGAGCAUAUUGUCCUGAAGGCUUUGUGGUGUUUUCAGAAAUGUUAAAAUUGUCGAUUGCACUGCUCUCACAUGCUCUGUGAUAACGCUCAUUUCUCCGCAGCUCGCCAACGUUGUGUCUGCAUUAACAACAGAAACACUCCCUUUUAAUGUGUGUGUGUGUGUUAGUGUGCAUGCACGGAGCCAGAGGUUUCAAUAGGAACGUUAUUUUUGUAGGUUAUUGAGAAAACGUCACCGAUUUUUUGUCUUGUAGAUUAUCUUCACUAAACAAUGAACAAAACAGCAUCAGUUAAUUUGUAUUAUAAGGAAGUCGUAUUAAACUAUGAUGAAAGGAA